CUUAACUUCCAGUGUUCAGCUUUGGUGGUGUUCUCCCGUCGCAUUUUGGUCUGCUCUACCAUAACUCUUCCCCGCAUUCCCUCGGCCCAAGUCGGAGAAGCGAGCCUAACCAAGCCAAAGCAAGAAAAGAAAAAAGGAGCAGACGGACAGAACCGAAUCCUGUCUAGUCGAAACCUCCAAGUCUUGGUCUCAGCCCUUGUUUGCUCACUCGCACUCACACUCACACCCACACCCACACCGUCACCAUCACCGUCACCAUCACACGCAUCCUCACCUCCAUCAUGAUCAUGCCUGUGACCGCCGACGAGACCGUGGCCAUGACAAGGUUAACGCUCCCUCGCUUCCCCGCUUUGCCGGCCGAGCUGCGGCUCUCGAUCUGGCAACAGGCAAUCCCCGAGGAGGUGCCGGAAUUGUUCUUCUACGACGGCAGAGACUUGAGUUUGCGCGGGGAGGGCCCAGCAUUUCCCUACCAGUGCUGGGUCGACAUUGCCUUCCCCGCCAUGAUGCACACCUGCGUCGAAGCGCGGGACGUGGCUAUGCGCUGCUUGGCAUUUCGGCGGCAGGAACUCGGCGGCGGCUCCACGCUCCAAGUGUCACACCGGCUGCUGAGAAUCGACUUUGACAUUCCGUAUCUACCUGGCGAGAACAUGUACCGCUUUUUUCGCCGCAGCCUGCCAGAGCCUCGCAUAUUCUCACUGCCUCCACAGAUAGGAGGCCAACCUAACAACAAUGCUGCCCCAACUUGGGUAAUGCCAGAGAUACGCCACAUUGCUGUAGGGGCAACCCAUUUUCUGCAGUCAUCGCUGUCACUCUUAGUACACCGCUACCUGGCCCGCUGUCCCGCGCUCAAGACGGUGUACGUCAUAUUCAAUCCCACUCCUGCCACUGGCAGCUUUUUGUCCUCGAAGGCCAGGCGUGUCCAUCAUUAUCGCCUAAGAGACUAUUCCAUGGUGGGGCUGCCCGCCUAUAAUCUCUCGAAAGAAGAGCGCCAUUCUUACAUACACGACAUUGUCGCGGCGAGGGAAAAGUCGAUCAACGCGUAUCUAGAUCGGCGGCUGCCACCUGGCCAGGCUCAUGGCAGAAACCAUGUCAAGUUCGAGGCCAAGGAGUUGUUUCCUCUUUUGAAGCAGGAUCAUGAGUGGCCUCACUGGUUCUUCGACUAAGGACGUUUGCCUCAGGCUAGAGUCCGUUCUCCUUCGACCAGCGACGUUGGUAACGGGCAAAUUUCUUGAUUCAUACAGGUCGAGUUAGCGGGCGUCACAAAUCUUCGUCUCUGUUUCACAUUGAUUAAGACUGCAUCUUAGGCCGUGUUGCCUAGUAUUGCCAUGGCGAUAGGGGGCAGGUCUUCCCGCUUAAAUCGCAACUCUACACACGAACAUACAAAUCUCUCUUCCUUGCAUGUAUCUUACUCCCCGCCUGCCCAUACAAAAAAGACUCACGAUGAGCGCCUAGAAUUCCUGGAUCCACUUGUCAGGGUGAGUUCC